CGGAGAGCCCGUUUGCUUUGUUGCCCUCUUCGAGCCCCGGGAGAAAGAAUGAGAACCGGGGCCUGGCGGGCCGGGCUCACCCUCGGCCAUGCCUGUGGCUGAAUGAAUGAGGUUCGGGCGGCUUUCCAGGCCUGGUAUCCAGCAGAGACGCAGCCUCAUAAUCCUGCUGGCCAGCCCCUAACUGCUGCAGCUCCAAGCAAACUCUUGUCCACGGGGCUGGACUUGUCGGUUUGUCCAGUCGUGAAUCCGGUCAGAGACUAGCUAAAGGGUGGGAGAGAAUGAGGUGGACCUCUGACUUCCUGGUAGAAAUGAAGAGGAGAUAGCUCCUCAAACCUGCAGCCCUGUUCCUUACGCAUCAGGGCUCUGCACCAGGGCUCUCGUUAUGCCUCCUGCAGUGCCUUCUGCAGAUUGAUGCAAGGUAAGCAUGGAGUGGACAGAGUUGGAUUUCAUCAAGAUUAGUGGCUUUGCAAGAUGAUGAUUCAUGGUGAUGGCUUGCAGGGUCAUAAAUAAAAGAAGGCACAUGGGACUUCAACAACUUUCAUCAUUUGCAGGAACAGGAAGAACUUUCCUAGGCCCAGUAAAAUCAUCCAAAUUUAUUAUAGAUGAAGAGUGUCAUGAAAGUGUGUUAAUCAGUUCAACCAUAAGACUUCUUGAAAGUUUGGAUUUAACCAGCGCAGUGGGACAACUUCUCAAUGAAGCAGUUCAAGCACAAAAUAACACAUAUAAAACUGGAACCAGUACUCUUUUGUUUCUUGUUGGUGCAUGGAGCAGUGCUGCUGAAGAAUGUCUUCAUUUAGGUGUCCCCAUUUCAGUAAUAGUGUCUGUAAUGUCAGAAGGCUUGAACUCUUGCAUUAAAGAAGUAGUUUCCCUCCAAGUACCUAUCUACAAUGUCUUUGACCAUUUAGAUAGCACAAAGACAUUUUCUGGACUUGAAACAUUUAAUAUCAGUUUGUGCCCUUUUCUACAAAUCCCUUCAGAUACUGGUUUACAGAAAGAGCGUGAUCUCAAUGAUGUUGCCUCUCCAUCAUUGACCACUUACAGUCUUUCUGGGAUACCUGUUAAAUCACCUAAACUCUUUAGACGUCAGACUGAAGUUGAAGCAGAUAAAAACACGUUACAAAAUCCUCAAACUCUGAAGAACAGUCUGCUCGCAAGCAGCCAUUACAGAAAGUCAAUACUAAUCCACAGUAGGCAUUUUAAUAGGACAGCCAAUAAUCAAUGGAUAAACAAACCAGAUGGAUUUCUAGAACAACAUGGUGCAGCUACUCCCAAUACUUACAGAUGUAAUGAUUUGGUAGAGUUGGAGAUGGGUUUGAGUCAUGGAGAUCACAACAGCAUGAAAUUAGUAGAUGAAGCAGUACGGCUGCAAUAUCAGAAUGCAAGUAUUCAGCAAGGUAACUGUACAAUGCCAUUUAGGUUUGACAUUUCAAGAAUCUUCACUUGCUGUCUACCAGGUGUACCUGAAACUUUUUCUUGUGUCUGUCCAGGAUUUAUCACUGUUGUAUCAAUUUCUAAUACUACUCUGAUCAAGGAAUUAGAGAAUCAGCCGGUCCGGGUUAUUCUCAUUGAGGGUGAUCUCACAGAGAAUUAUCGCCACCUGGGAUUUAAUAAGGCCACAAAUAUUAAUACGCUAUUAGAAAGCAUGAAGAUUCAACAAAACAGCUCAGAAGAAGUGUGGACAAACUAUGUAUUACAGGUCUUAAUUAAAUUCAAUGUGAACCUUGUGCUGGUACAAGGAAAUGUGUCUGAACACUUAAUUGAGAGGUGCAUACACAGUAAGCGGUUGGUAAUUGGGUCAGUGAAUAGCACUGUGAUGCAGGCUUUUGCAGAAGCUUCAGGAGCAGUACAGGUGACCUAUAUUACACAAGUAAAUGAAAACUGUGUGGGCAAUGGGAUCUAUGUGGCCUUUUGGAGAAGUAUUCCCUCGGAUGUCAUAGAUAGGAUCAACGUAAUCACAAUUGUGAUAAAAACGGAAGGAAUUAAUUUGGUUACAGUAGUGCUCACCAGCCCAGUCACUGCACAGAUGCAAACCAAAGAAGAUAGGUUCUGGACUUGUGCCUAUCGUCUGUAUCAUGCUCUAAGAGAGCAAAAGGUCUUCCUUGGAGGUGGUGCAGUUGAAUUUUUGUGUCUUAGCCAUCUUCAAAUUCUUGCAGGGCAAUCCCUGAGUAAAAGAAACCAUGUCUGUUCAGGAUGGCUUCAUAAUACUUCCUCUUGGCUGGCCUCAUCUCUGGCGCUAUACAGACCAACUGUGCUUAACUGCCUAGCAAAUGGAUGGCACAGAUACCUUUCAACUCUCAUGUAUAACACUGCCUGUUGCUCAUCAGAAUUUGAAGCCAGCACAUUCAUUCAGCAACAUCUACAAAAUGCCAGAGACUCUGGCUCUCCUUCGUCUUACAUCUUGAAUGAAUAUAGUAAACUAAAUAGUGGAAUUUUUAAUCCAAGCAUUUCAAAUAAACUGGAACAGAUUCCAAGCAUUUAUGACAUUAUUAUACCGAAGAUUGAGGCAUGGCGCCGAGCUUUGGAUUUAGUACUGUUAGUACUUCAGACAGACAGUGAAAUUAUUACUGGACUUGGACAUACACAGUUAAAUUCACAUGAAACAGAGGGUUUUUUAUUUUUGUAGUGUUAUUGGCUAAGUCUUCAGAAAAUAUAUUUUGUAAUAUAUCAUGCUAUUAUAAUUUUCCUAGUAGCCAAGCCAUAGUGCCUAAAAUGCCAGCCAAUACCAAGAAGAAAAUUAUUGAUGUCUGUCAAUAACUACAGAGCCUGAGAUUUCAAUACUCGAUUUACAAGCUCACAGGUUAGCUCACAGGUUACAUGCUACAGAAUACAUGAGACACUUGGAUCAGAGACAAAGCACUUUUAUUAUUUACAGUGAAAGUGUUAGCCAGAGCUUCCUGUUGGUUUGUAUCAGUUCCCAUUUCUCUGAGCCCCAUAAAAGCAACAUAAAAGGCCAGUGAUGAGAAUUUGUUGUGAAGCCUGAUUUGAAUCACCAUUAUAUGGAUGAGCCCGGGUGGCUCAGUGGUUUAGCAUUGCCUUCUGCCCAGGGUGUGAUCCUGGAGACCCAGAUCGAGUCCCACAUCAUGGUCCCUACAUGGAACCUGCUUCUCCCUCCGCUUGUCUCUGCCUCUCUCUCUCUCUCUCUCUCUCUCUCUUUCAAUCUCUCUCUCAUGAACAAAUAAAAUCGUUAAAAGAUUUUAAAUCUUUUUAAAGAUUCUUUUUAAAAAAGGAAUCACCAUUAUAUAGAUUUGAUAGGUGGUGUCACCCAGUAGUUGCGGCCUCAGUUGGCAAAAUCCAAGGCUACUCAAACAUUAAGGAAAGCGUAAGAUCAGUCAGAUUAAAACAAGGUUGUCCUGGUUUCUGUGUUUGUACAUUUUCACAUCUAGUCUAGCAGCUGCCCUUGAUGGCAUUAUGAACUACCUCCAGUACUGAUAAGAGUUUUAAUUAGGAGAAAACAUUUGUUUGUUUGACUCCCAGAGAGAUUAAGUGCUAUGACUCUGUCCAAAUGAUACUGAGAAACUACUUUUGGGUUUAGCAGCCACGUCUGCUGGUGGAAGUUAAUAAUGGCCACAGUCAGAACCAUUGAGACAAGCUUCUAACUUUACCAGAACAUCAUCUAUAUAGUGAACAUUCGGGAUAUCAGAGCAUAGAGGCACUCACACUGAAUCCCAACCAAUCAAUAGGUUAGAAUUGGUUAGGGCACAAUAGUAGAUGGAGGAAAUCUGUCUCAUUCCUCUAUCUGCAGCAAUAUCUUGAUGGGAAAAUCUCUAGAACUUUAUAAGCAUUUUACAGUAUAAGCAUAUAACACCUCAGUACCAGUUACGUAUUUUCAUAACAAUUUGUGCUAAUCUUACCAGUUGACUUCAGUCACUUUUUCCCCAUAUGGGAAUAUAGACCAAGAAGUUUAACAUUGACACAUUAGGAGCUCUAACAUUGCCAAAGAAUUAUGUUAUCUCCCUGGCUGGUUGCUUAGGAAGGAGCAAGGGGUAAGGGCUGCAUCCAAGGAGACUUUUUUUUUUUUUUCUUUUCUGGCCUUGUCUUAAGUGCUGGUACCAACUUCUUUAGGUGUGCACUUCCUAGUAUCUGAGAACACCCAGACUCUGGAGAUUUUUCUUACCUUUCAUGUAACACCAUCUCUUCAGUGUCCUGUAGCCCUUGGCACUUUUGACAAACCUAUGCCCAAUACCAGUUUCCCCUAUGGGACUGGGUAGAAUGGUGAUUUGAGCUGUAUCUAACAGCUAUAAAAGUUUGAGUCACUUUGUUCCCCCAAGUUGUCCCAUCACAUUUGGCUUUUCCUUAAAGCAGCUGAGGUCAGCUAUCAAGAAGUGUGGAGGGAGAGAAUGGGCCCAUGCUAGUUAGGAACACUUUGCAUAUACUUUUGGUUUGGAUGAGCUGCCCAAUUUAUGCUCAACAACCUUGUGAUUUUGGUCUCCUUGAAGUUUUAUUUCCUUAUUGCUGGUAGAUUUGUUUCAGCUUUGAGGACCCCCUUGACAGCAACAGCCAAACUUCUUGACUAGAGCCCUGGAUAUGCUGCCUUGUUAUCAGAUUAACAUCUGCUCUUCCCACCCUGAAAUGAGUUAGCAACAACAAUACACCUUUUGGGUGGCUUGUUUUAAUCCUCCUCACUGCUAAACCUCCAAACAUAAAUUAACAGGUAGGACAGUGGGGGACUCAUUCCCCUUCCUCUUUCCCACUAGUUAAAUGAGACAUUUACUGUUGGGUCCCAGGGAGUCUUAACCCAGCCCACUGAGGCCCUCAUCUUUUUCAGAAACCAUGGCUCUCAGCCAAAACAAUCAAGAACUGCAGGGUCUGAGAUUUUGCCCUGUUUACAAGCUAACAGUUAAAAAAUUUUUUUUUUUUUAAAUCACACCGGUCUGCUAGUCUUUAUUAUAUCUUUGUCAGGCUGUUUCUGAGUAGCUUUUUAUUUAUGCUUUUUUUUUUUUAAUAAGCUGUAUGCCCCACAUAGGGCUUGAACUCAUGACCCUGAGAUCAAGAGUCACACACUCUACCAACCAAGCCACCCAGGUGCCCCCUUUAACAGUUAAAAUUUAAUAGGAUACUGGCAAAAAACAGAAUCCUGGAUCAUAAACAAAUGACUUUAUAGUGGCCAGAACUUCACAUGGGUUUGUGUUGGUCAUCAGUCCUUUCAAGUCUCACAGGGGUGACAUAAAGAGCCCAUGAUGAAUGCCUGCAUACACAAUAGGUUGUAUUACAGGAGAGGAAUGCCUAACUUGGGCAAAUAACAACUAUUGCAUUAAGCAGAAGUAAUGCUGUUCUUGGUCUGGAGUGAGAUAUUAUGUCAUAAUUCAAGGUUACUCACUGGAAACACAUCCAUGAGAAAUGGCCUGGCAAAGGAGAGCUCAAAUCCAGCAAGAACACGCAGGGAUGCUGAGAGCCCAUAGCAUUCUGUGUAUCCCAACAAAGUCUUGCUCUUUUGCUACUAGCCAUAAAUUGAACAUCGUGAGAACUGAAUUUUGUGUGGAGUUGAAUAUUAGAAAAGCUCUGGGGAAAUAAUAACAGUAGUAAUUAAGUUAUUGAUUACCUACCAUGUUCUGAGCACUGUUCUAAAUUCUUUAAUUUGCUAGGGUUGCCAUAACAAAAUAUCACAUAUUAGGGGGCUUAAACAACAGAAAUUUAUUUUCUCACAAUUCUGGGGGCUAGAAAUCAGAUCAAGGUGUUGUCAGAGUCAGUUUCUUCUGAGGCCUCUUUCCUUCACAGACAUCCUUCAUGCUGUAGAUGGAUGUCUUCUCCCUGUGUCUCACAGUGUCUUCCCCUCUGUAUCUGAGUCCUGAUUUCCUCUUGUAAGAACACUAAGUCAUAAUGGAUCAGGGCCCUCCCUAAUGACCUCAUUUUAACUUAAUUACCUCUUUAAAGAGCCUCUCUCCAAUACAGUCACUUCUGAGGUAACAUGAAUUGGGGGAGGGGACGCAAUUCAGCCCAUAACCCAUAUAUUAUCUCAAUCUUUGGAACAUUCAUUUUCUCCAUUGUAUGAUGAGGAGGUGAGUUUAGUAAGGUUAAGAAACUUGCCCAAAGACUUACAGCUAGUAGUAAUAGAGCUGGAGUUUACACUAAGAUUUUACCUGUCUCCAGAGUAUAUUUCUAAGUAUUAACGAUAAUAGGAAGCUUUUUCUAUAAAAUAACAAACCAACAAAACGAGAAGAAUGUCUAGUUUAUUUAUAGGGAUAAUUUAAAUGUAUUAAAAAAUAUAACUUGGUUAUCUUCUAUUCAGGUGAAAGAAUAUAGCUUUUGGUUUAGUGGUUGUCUUAAAUGUGGUCACAUGAAAAUCUUGCACAGAUAAUCAUUCCAGUUAUAUGUACUGUCUUUGUUCAGAGUUAGAAUAACAACAACAUUAAGUGUUGAACUGUUUUUAAAAAUGAGGUGUAUUAUUUCACUUGUGUAGGUAUUGAUACUUUUACUCUCCUGUGUACUAUUAACACUUAGUUUUUGUUAAAAUAUUAUAAAGGUUAGGAGCACCACUAAUAUUAAUAUAGAUGCUCAGCUCACUUCAUAUAAUAGAUUUUUUGUGAAGUUGGUAUUUGCAUGUAUUAAUACUAUUAAAUAUUUAAUAAAAUCUUGUUAUACUUUAUUUUGACACUAGAAGUGUCAUUUUAA